AGCGGCCGGUCCCCCAGCACCCGCUUUUUGUGAGGGAAAGCAGAGAACAGACCAGAGGGGAUCUGAGAGAGACGGGGACAAGGAGGACGAGCAUGGCCCUGGGCCCUUGAUGGCUGGCUGCAGUGGGCUGGCUAGGUCUCUCUCGAGAGAAGACGGAGCGAGGGCAAAAAGGUGCGAACAAAAACGCCGCCGUCUUGGGCGAGGCUAAAGUCAUGUUAAUCCCAAUGCGUAAAAGGUUGGGCUUGCUCUCCUUUCUCUCUGUCUCUCUGCUCUGGAUCAUACAUAAUAACACUACCACCUCACCCGCCCCAUGCCUCUUGUCUCCUGCACAAACAUACUUGCAGCUACUCAUCGAUACCCAGUGUGCCAGUCCCAUUUCUGAUCAGACCCCAUCUCUCCUCACUCCGGACGAGUCGAGGGUGUCUCUUAUUCUUCCUAUAUUACUUGCAGACCUCGCUCGCCUUGGCACGUCAAGUCCCACGAACACCUACCUCUUCUGUUCUGCCCUCAGCCGUCUAUCCUUCCGGUCUUCUUCGCUGCACCCGGGUCUCACACCUACCAUUAGUCGCCCCGUCCCAUCUUCUUCAUUCCUCACAACUUGGGAACACACCAGAGCCCGUUACUUGUUUUGUUUCACUCGCCUGCGAGCUUUCCCGCCCUCCAUUACGCUGACUUUUCUGCGCUCGGUUUCACGCCUCGACUUGUCUCUGGUUGCCCUGCCGCUGUCACCGGAUCUCUUUUCCUCUAAUAAAUUGGCUUACCCAGACCUGGACAUAUAUGUCUACACGUCUCGGCACAUCCCUCACCCACUCAAGCAUCUCAAUACAACACCACUGCCCUCCACCUUGAACUUCCACAUCGACCACCGGUAGUUUACAAUCAUCGUAAAUUGCCGAACACCGCCUUGGCUUGAGAACAUUGGUGGAAUCGUUACAGACGCAGUAGUAUUUGGAGCACACAUCCAGCACAAGUCAACAGGCUAGUUGCACCAACUCAGACGAUCUACUUCGUUGGAGGAAAGGCAAGGAAAAGGAACCAGGAGGCUUUCCUUGUGGCUGGA